CUGCCCGACUCGAAGGUGUCAUGGGGCCCAGUACUUCGGACAGAAUCCUUCUUGGCUAGCUUCUGGCAUGCAGUCAAGUGCUUUAUUGGAAUACGGCUUCCAUGCCGCGACAGUGGUGCGGUGUGCUACCUUGCCAGGCCUUUGUCUUCACAUGAGAUCAUCUUGCCCAAGCCUCUUCUUCUCUCUUGCGCCUAGUUCUCCAAGAAUCGCUUGCUUUGAAACGAACAAGUUCCUGUCGCAUUUACUAUUGGGUUAUUAUGCGCGUCCUUAAGUAGCUGCGUCCCUCAUUUGCAUCGUCUCGGCAGCUACCAAUCCGGAAAGCCUUGCAUACGACAGCCUUUGGCAUCUUCAACAUCAGCAAAAACAACAGGCCGGGCGCAAAGCAAACUAGGACCGAUGUGUUGGUGCUUCAACUUCGGUUUCUCAAGCAAGCCGAAGUAUAAGUCGCCAUCCUCCAACGAAAAGAGAAGACGUGAUGCGCCGGCGGAUGGCGCGCUUCAUGGCAAGGGUAGACCGGUUGUCGCGGAAGUCCAAGAGAAGCGUCGAUCAAAGGACUCGUCGAGGAAGAGGCGCUCAGCUGAUGCUGAAGCUCCACGCUCAUCGCGAAGAAGCAGAAUUGAGGUCGAAGCACAGUUGCAACAGCACUAUCCAGAGACGCAUCAAGGUUAUGAGCAGCAGAGACCAGCGCUGAACGUUCAAGUGCCAGCAAUGUGGCAACGCUCUGUAUAUCCGGGAGCUGCGUAUCAUACUGAGAGUACCAAUUCUUCACAGGAAACACUGCUCAAUCCUCGACCUCAUCGCAGCACUCAUCAGCGUCAACGACACCCAAAGCACACAUCACAGGCAACACUUCGAGGUCGCGGGGCCAAGCGCGAUCCUCCAAAGAAGUCCAAAUCCAAGAAGAGUCUUCGCCCUGAACCAUCUAGAGGCUGGUCAUUCUUCGCGCCUUCGCCACCGAAGACACGCAGCUACCAGACGUUAAACGCCCCUUCACGCAGCCAUCGGUCCAGUCGCCAAAACAGAACCGCGCAACAUGACACAGUCACAACAUCGUCGCCCUCACAGUCGCGUCACCACCGUUCACGUCAACACGACCAACAAGCUCCUACCACUCGCAGCGCUCGCUCAAGAACACCAAACACGGCUGCUAGGCGGGUGCCUGAUCGUCGCUUCGCUGUUCUCGCGGCCACCAACCAAGCACUCGAGACGGUACGACGUGAUGCCUUUUCGCAGCCGUCACCACCUCCACGAAGGGAGAGGCUUCGAAGGUACGAGGGCGUGACGAUUCCCACAUCUCAGAUGCCUUUCAACUGGGACUGCGUCAGUAGCUCACAAGCUUCUGGUGGUCGUGGAGGGUCAAGUACACGACAUCGGCGGUCGCGACGUUGAUUUGGACAAGGGAGUUCGUUUCCUCUUUUUGCACAUGCCUUGUUCACUCAACUCCCAUGUGCUGUUGCAGUAGCUGGUUUCUUUGGAGAUUCACAUGCACAAC